AUGACCGGCCUGGAUCCUGACAAUGAUGUCAUCCUAGAAAUCUACUGCUUCAUUACAGACGGAAAGCUCAACCUUGUCAAGAUGGGCGAUGCCGUCGACGGCGACAAGCUAGAUAAGAAUGAAGCCGCGAGAGAGGAUCCCGGCUGGGGUGCUGUCAUCCACGUCGACAAGGCUCGCCUCGACCAGAUGGACGCAUGGUGCACUGACCACCACGGCCGUAGUGGCCUCACAGGCGCCGUUCUGGCAUCUACGAUGACACAUGAAGAAGCCGCAGAUGGCUUGUUGGAGUACAUCCGCCAGUUUAUUCCCAAGCCACGCUUAGGCCUGCUCGCCGGCAGCAGCGUACAUGCCGACAAAGCAUUCCUGCGGAAAGCGCCAUACGACCGUGUAAUGGAUCACCUUCAUUACCGGAUCCUGGACGUGAGCACGAUCAAGGAGGCAGUUAAACGGUGGGCGCCACCAGAACCCGAGGGCCAGACAACAAGAAAAGAACGCCACAAAGAGAGCAAGCAUCGGGCGCGGGACGAUAUCCUCGACAGCAUCGCUGAGGCGCGGCGUUACAAGCAUAUGCUCUUCCAAGAUGGCGACUAG